AUGCCUAGAAUUAGAAUAGAGAUCCGUCAAGCCACAACAGCUCCCGCAAUGGACUCAUUACAACAUACUUACAACAAUCUCAAGGAUGUAGACGAGGCAUCACGGCUUGUCGAGGCUUGUCCCGGUGUUCUUGAUAGCCUGGCCAACCUGCUUGUCAAACAUAAGCUGCAUGACUUUUACGACAUCCUUCUCAACCACAAGCAUUUUGACAUCACCAGAGGUGAGAAGGUUGUCACCUUCCACGGCAACAGGAACAUGGCCGUUUCAGUCGUAUGCAAAGACGGCGAAUGUCCACGCGAACUUCUUGCUUCGGAAGGCAUCGAACCUGCCCCUGGUGGCAAAGUCAUUCCUAGUGACUUUAUUAUCAAGAACGGGCGUGCUAUCGCUUAUGAGUUCGUCUAUACUCACACGAACGAAAUUCCUAGCCUCAGUUCUGAGUUCGUACAAGAAUGGAGCGAUUAUCUACGAGAUCAAGGUCUAGACAGCUUUUUAGGGCUUUGUAUCCGAGAAGAAGGCGUGCCAUUUGACGCCCUUGAAGUUUCCGACUCCGAGAACCGAAUCAACAGGUUGUUCUUCAAGUAUGACCGUGCAGAGGGAGAUAUUGAUUUAACUACUAGUUGGCGAGUUAAUGAACAAGAUGGUGUGGCAGUGGCUAUGAAAUGCAGAUACUGCAAGACCAUUAACGAGCAUGAGAGAAAAUGUAUGGCUAACAACUAG